GCCCCGCUGUUUUUUCCCCUUUAAGACACCCUGGGUGGAGUUACAAUAACGCGGUCGGGUGCUGGACGCGUUUAUAAGGAGACGUGGAAAACCGCGUAACUCUGGCGAAGAAAGUUUCUCCUCCCUGUGUUUUUGACAGAGCUGCGAGGCGCACAUGGUCCGGUUUCACCCGGGAGCCUGAACGGUACCGGCCCAGAUACCGAUGAGCUCACGUUAGACGGGAACUCAUCGACGGACCCGGGUUCGACGUGAUGGACACACUGGCUUUGCAUUGAUGCAGAUCACCAGCCGCUGGAACCAUGGCUUUGACGGAGCGGACGCGUUGGAGCUUUAACCCGAUCCCAAACGCAUCUUCAUGAUUUAUGAGGAUCGACUGCCUUGUAUAGCGCAGCAUGGCCGGCAGUCAGAGUAACUUCUGGGGACAGCACGUCCUGAACAGUGUGUGCUUUGGCCUGAGUGCUGACGCGGAGCUUCAACAGCGGCCGAUGGACAAAGAAUUCAACUCCAACGCCUCCCUCCCCCCGUCCGCUUACUACCCUAGCACCUACUGCUCAGCACCUGAUAACAUUGUGCGGGCCCAGGAGGGAGACCAGGUGGUCCCUACCUCCCAGAGAAGGCCCGCCUCCAGUGGCCAUCAGCGCCAGGUCAAACCGCUCCCGCCGCUGCCCGACCCCGAGGAGCUGAUGUCCGAUGAAGCGGCCGAUAACGAGGUGGAGUUCUUCACCAGCGACCGUCAGCGGCUGUUGCCAAAGAGCUGCCCCAGAGCGGUGGUGGGGGGCAAAGUGAAUCACGCCUAUCAGGAGGGCCUGCUCUCCAUGGCUUUCUCCUGGCCGGGCAGAGAGGACAGAGGGACGGGGAGAGGAGCCGGCUUCGGAGCCGCCGCCUGGGCCCAGAGAGAAGAACACCCGCCGCCAGGAGAUGCAGAGCCUCCGUGUGGUCCACACCAGCGGUCCAGGCUGUGUUUUCCCUCGGCUUCCCAGCCUCAUGAUGUGGCAGGCUGCCCCUCUGACAAGCCGCAGGUCCCUCCUCGCAUCCCCAUUACACCGAAACCCCCUGCUCUCUCCCUGAGCACCAACGAGGAAGACGUGCCGCCCAAAAUCCCCCCGAGGGUUCCGUUAGUCCCGCCCUGCCCACCGAGCAGCCCGACCCCCAAGAGCCUUCCAAUUUACAUAAACGGCGUGAUGCCGGCCACGCAGAGUUUUGCUGCUAAUCCAAAAUAUGUGAGUAGGGCAUCACAUUACAACCAGCAAAGGGAGCGGGCUGCGUCUGCUCAUCAGGCGUCGCCGUGCAUUGUUCCCAUUGUGAAAGACGGCAGACAGGCCAGUGCCACGCACUACAUCCUCCUCCCGCCGGGCAGAACCGCGUACGCGGACAGACGGGAAAGACUCUUUAGCGAACCGUCGAGAACGGGAACCAGCAGCGUCUGGCAGAGCACGUAGAACCGAACCGGGUCAGGCGUCGCUCAUGACCACGGCCACGCACCACCACGCCUUACUUACACGCCUCAUCUAUACUGGUGUUAUUUUCAAGGACUGAUGUAUUCACUUAUGUUGCAGAGCACUUUGAGGUAUUUGUGUGUUUUGAGGUGAACAUUUUACCAGUCAGUAUUGGUUCUGCCCAGAAAACACCACCAACAUUCCAGUAUUUUCACUAAUGUGAAGAAAUGUUUACCUCCUACUUCAGUGUUUCCAUUUCUGUAACUGCUGUGCUGCAGUUAUGACACAGGGAAAAUGUCGCAUGCAUCAUCUUUUUCAUAGUCAAAUCAAAGUGACUAAGCUAAGUUAGAAUUCCUUAAUAAUUACUGUAUGUGCAAGCUGGGCUUGUACCAAUGUUUCUGCUCCUUUGACUUUGCUGCUUAUAUUGUUUUGCAGAAUUCUCACAUUUAAAUUUAGGGUAAUAUUCAUAAUAUACAGCGUGCUCAGUAGCGAAGGGAAAUGAGACUUCACACUACAGUGAUGUAAAAUGAUUUACCUGUUGACUCCUUUGGUCCUCAGUUUAAUGUCUGAUUGCACUUAACAGAUUUCACUUUAAAAAGCUGAGCUAGCGCAAAGUCCUACCCGGCUUCAUUCCAACUACAAAGUACUUAACAUAUUCCUGUAUUCUGUUUCAUUGUGUGCACUGCGUUUCACUUAUUUAAAAGUACGGGCAACAUGAACACAAAAAGAAUUGAUGACUGAAUGACAUCUGAAAUCUGCUACAGUUGACUGACAGUUGAUCUGAUCUUUAAAUCAAAACUAAUUAUUAACAAUUGAGUUGAUAAGGACUGAUUGGACCUUCACUAAUUGCUUUUGUGCGUGUUGUGAUGGAAAUGACGUUACAUUCAGUAAGAUGCAGGCCUGCACUUGUUGAAGUUCUUUGAAGGUUUUGUGUCACAUUUCACCAGAGGACGGCAGUGUGUCAAGUUGUCUGGAAGUAAAUCAUUGUCAAAUAUUUUUAUUUUAUUUAUAGAAAUAAAAUAACUUAUUCAUUC